UGGAUGCCCUACGGAGGAGGUUGCAAGAAAACCUGAGGCUGCACUCUUCAUAGCACGGAGAGAGAGAGAGAGACAGAGAUGGAGAAGUACUUUGGGAAUGCGUACAGAGGAGACCCGGGAGUUCCACACGCCGACCCAGAUCGUUUCGUAAACAUCUGGAUUGGAUCUUUCGCUUUCUCUGCCCUCACUUGGGUCAAUCCUUACAUGUGGCAGCUCUCUAAUCAAUUCAAUUGGCAUGACAAAGCUAUGUUGUUUGAGCAAUAUCACUGGAAGAAAGCAAUGGCAAAGAAGCAGCCAUAUGAAUUCAAGUGGAACCAAUAUAUGGACAAGGAGGCUCGAGACUCGUACUAUUUCAACUGGCCUGUCUACUUCCGUUAGAUUUUUCUUGCAUAUGAAGAACUAUCUUGUUGAAAUUUGACACUAGUGAGCAAAAGUAGCUUGAACAUGUCUUUCAGUUUCUUAUCCUUAUCUAUUUACUUAAUACUGAAUUACUAGUAUGUUCCCUGAUGCUAUUGAGCUGUUCCUGCUAGAAAUUUUGCAAGAAAUAAUGAUGAAUGGCUGAUUUGGGCUUUUGUUAUUGAUA